AUGGUUCCAGGGCACAAUAAGUGCCAUGGUGGAAGAUGCUUCUCAAGGCAUCUCAUUCGUUGUAAUAAUAUUGCUGAAUAUGGAGGUGAUCCAACAGUGCCCAGGAAUUUCAGAUUGCUGGAAGAGCUUGAGAUGGGCGAAAAGGGAAUUGGGGAUGAAACUGUUAGCUAUGGAAUGGAUGAUACUGAUGAUAUAUACAUGCAGUCAUGGACUGGGACUAUUAUUGGCCCCUUAAUGAGUCCCUCUCUCUCUUAUUCUUUUCAGUUAGUUAAAAUGGCUAUGGAGAUCACUAAAUUUCUGAUGCUGCCCAAUCAGGAUACAAAAGUUCGGACUGAGGCAGAGACUAAUUUGCGGUAG